GAGAGAGAGCAAAAUAGAAAAAUGGAAGUAGAAGCCAAAGCAGGAGACAUUAAUGUCCCUCUAAAAUCCAUUGCCUUUAAUCCAAAGGAAAAAUGGGAGUGGAAGCCAAAGCAAAAGACAUUAAUGUCCCCCUAAAAUCCAUGGCCUUUAAUCUGAAGGAAAGUGGGAGAAACUGUAUAUUGGAAGCUCUCUUAGCUGUAUAUUGGAAGCAACAUCUCUGGAGAGUAAGAAGCCAAACAAGCUGAAGCAGUUAUCUGUUGCUGCUGCAAGCUUAAAAGACAGAGACACACAAUAUUCCUUGUAAACAAACACAACUGGAAUCCACAAAAUGCUGCUAAGAAACACUUUUUACAAGACCAAGACGUUCUUUCACAAAACCCUCCAAAACCUCAAGUCAUUUCUCUUUGGGGGAUACAAAAAGCUACCCAAAACCCGUCCUCUCAAUCCCUUAUAUGGCGGCAAUGGCAAUCCAAACUUGCAGCAAUUAGAUCAGUUCAACAGGGACUUCUCCGAGCAGUGGCAAUAUGGUAAUGAUAAGGUGAUGAAGAGCAAAGAGCUGAAGAAUGAGGCAGAUACUACUAGUGUAAGCUUCACGAAAUUUGAAGACCGGAAUGCUCUGAAGAGCGAAUGCAAAGUGAGGGAAAAGGAAGAGAAGAAGAGAGGAAGCAUCAGUCAAGGUAGAGGAGGAGAGGCAUGUUCGCAGAUUGGCAAUGGAGGAGGAGGGGGUUAUAUGUUGGCAGAGAAGAUGAGAGAGUUAGAGAUGAUGGAUAUGAAUGAUGUGGACCAUGUGUUGGACAUAGAAGAGGUGCUCCACAACUACUCGCGCCUUACGUGCCCAGUUUACCUUGACAUUGUUGACAACUUUUUCAUGGAUAUGUACUCAGAGUUCCUCAUUCCAAAGCCCUCUGUCACCAGUACCAAUUCAUCACGGAGACUCGGCCCUUUGAAGCUCUAGACACUGCUGCCAAUGGUUUCUUCCAUGUGCAUACACAUGAAUCUCUAUAUGUCCCUCUUGAUUUCUUUUUUCUUAUCCUCUGUGUGUUGUCUGUUUGUGUACAUGUACUGUGGUUCUGUUUUUCAAUUCCGUAAUCCCCUCUCUGCACUUGCUAAUUGCUAUGGUGUAUUCCUACCAAUAAUUUAACUAUGUGAGAUAUGGACUUCAUCUGUCUCUUUUCCUUGUGGGUUA